AUGGCGGCCAACUCGAUCAAGCUCUUGACUGGUAACAGUCACCCCGAGCUCGCAAAGCUCGUGGCUGAUCGGCUCGGCAUUGAGCUGACCAAGAUCAUGGUCCUCCAGUACUCCAACCAGGAAACCAGUGUCACAAUCGGUGAAAGUGUACGAGAUGAGGAUGUCUUCAUCCUGCAGUCUACGCGGCCCAACGAUAUCAACGACGGGUUGAUGGAGUUGCUCAUCAUGAUCAAUGCUUGCAAGACCGCCUCGGCGAGGCGCAUCACGGCCGUCAUCCCCAACUUCCCAUAUGCGCGCCAGGACAAGAAGGAUAAGAGUCGUGCGCCGAUCACUGCCAAACUUAUGGCCAACAUGCUUCAAACUGCUGGCUGUAACCACGUCAUCACUAUGGAUCUUCACGCCAGUCAGAUCCAGGGCUUCUUCAACGUCCCCGUCGAUAACUUGUACGCUGAGCCCAGCAUGCUGAAGUGGAUCCGGGAGCACCUGGAUGUUAACAACUGCGUCAUCGUGAGUCCCGAUGCGGGUGGUGCUAAGCGUGCCACCGGCAUCGCCGAUCGCCUGGAUCUGCAAUUCGCUUUGAUCCACAAGGAGCGUCCUCGCCCCAACGAAGUCUCGCGCAUGGUUCUUGUCGGAAACGUGAAAGACAAGGUCGCCAUCAUCGUGGACGAUAUGGCCGACACCUGCGGAACCCUCGUCAAGGCCGCCGACACCGUGAUGCAGCACGGUGCCAAGGAGGUCAACGCCAUCGUUGUCCACGGUAUCCUCUCGGGCAAGGCCAUUGACAACGUGAACAACAGCUGCCUCAAGCGUAUUGUGGUCACCAACACUGUUCCCCACGAGGACAAGAAGGAGGUCUGCGACAAGAUCGACACCAUCGACAUCAGCCCCACACUUGCCGAGGCCUGCCGACGUACGCACAACGGCGAGUCCGUCAGCUUCCUCUUCUCUCACGCUGUUGCAUAA